CAAGAUCAAUAUAAUUUUUGGAUAAAACAAAAACAUAAACAUAAACAAAACAAAAACAACAAUUUUGGGUCCCUUCCCAACUUCCCAUCCCCAAGCACACGUUUAAAUUAAUUUGGAUGCUUUCAAUAGAGCCAAUGCAUGUUUUUCUAUAUAUGUCUGGGAGUGAUGCUCUCUUCUGCACAGCUAGCUUCAGUUCAGCUUGUAUCGCGCGCACAUUGCUAUCUCAGAGCAGCAUUAAUCUUCUAACAAUGGAUUCGACACUCAAAACAAAUUUUCUCAUUGCAAUAUUGAUGACUCUGGGGUGUUGGGCAUCACAAACCACCUUCCGCACAUUGCCUGAGGCUUCCAUUGCUGAGAAACACAAGCAGUGGAUGACUCAGUUUGAUCGCAUUUAUUCAGACACUGUAGAGGAGGAGCUGCGGUUGAAGAUUUUCAAUGAGAACUUGGAGUUCAUUGAAAAAUUCAACAGUGAAGGAAACCGUACCUUCAAACUCCGCAUCAAUGAGUUUGCAGACUUAACUAAUGAAGAAUUCAAGGCCGCUUACACUGGAUACAAGAUGCCCUUCAACUCAAGCGUAUCCAGAAACUCGACUUUUAGGCAUGGAGGCGUCACGGACAUUCCAUCGAGCAAGAACUGGGCUGAGGAUGGAGCUGUUAACAGCAUCAAGAGUCAGGGACAAUGCGGAUGCUGCUGGGCAUUUUCAACUGUAGCAGCCGUAGAAGGGAUCACAAAGAUCAAAACUGGGAAAUUGCCCUCUCUGUCCGUGCAACAGCUAGUGGACUGUGUUGAGGAGAGCCAUGGCUGUGGAGGUGGUUCAAUGGAUAUUGCUUUUGAAUAUAUCAAAGAUAACCAAGGAAUAUCCAGCGAGCAGAACUACUCUUACCUGGAAAUAGAUGGAAAAUGUCAAACAGAGGAUGCAUUCAUGGCAGCUGCCACGAUAAGCGGUUACGAAGAUGUACCCAAAAAUGACGAAGAGGCAUUACUAAAGGCUGUAAGCCAGCAGCCAGUAUCAGUUGCCAUUGAAGCCAAGGGGUAUCUUUUUCAGCAGUAUGAUGGCGGUGUUUUCACUGGAGAUUGUGGCACUGACCUAGACCAUGCUGUUACACUUGUUGGGUAUGGAACUAGCGAAGAUGGUAUCAAGUACUGGUUGAUUAGGAACUCAUGGGGAGAAAACUGGGGAGAGGGUGGCUACAUGAGGAUUCAGAGGGAUGUUGGAGUCCCAGAAGGUCUCUGCGGCAUUGCGAUGAAUCCAUCUUUUCCAGUUGUCUAAGUAACACCAAGGUUGGAAUAAACUUCUUUAACCACC